AUGGAAGACAAAGAGAUUAGACCUUUCAUAGUCCCAAGUUUCUCUCCAGAAAAAACACGGUGGCUUCAAGAGAGGCUAAAGACCUCAAACUACCCAAACGAACUUACCGAAGAUGUAGGCUGGACACAUGGUGCACCUCGUUGGGCAGUUGAGCCACUGGCAAAGAUCUGGGCGCAUGGAUUUGAUUGGGAAAUUCCGAGAGCUAAAAUGAAUAGCUGGAGGCACUACCACACAACAAUAGAUGAUAUCAAUCUACAUUUUGUGCAUGAGCCCUCAAGUCACAAAGAUGCCAUUCCUAUCUUGCUCUUACAUGGUUGGCCUUCUACAUUCUAUGAAUUUCACAAGAUAAUUGAGCCCUUACGAGAUGGGGUUAAUGGAGGUCAGGCUUUUCAUGUGGUUGUACCAAGUCUACCUGGAUACGGAUUCUCAGAGCCACCUAAAAAAUCCGGGUACGUGUUACAAGGAGGGGAUUGGGGUGGGAUAAUUGGAAAGUAUGUUGCUUCCCACUACUCGGAAAACUGUAAAGCAUUUCACACAGGUUUCCCCUAUACAUUACCGCCUUUACCCACACCGCGAAAUAUCUUGUUACAUCCAUUCAAGAUCGUCAAGUUCUUUGCUAGUCUGAUCGUAGGCUUUGACCGAAUCUAUGGAGAAGGAAGUACAAUAUUGGGCGGCGCAACUUUUGCCAACGCCGAACGAAACAAUGACUGUGGAUAUAGAUCAAUUCAAGGCACCCGUCCUUACACGCUUGCUUAUGGACUGAGCGACAGUCCACUAGGUUUGUUGGGAUGGAUGCUUGAAAAGUAUCACAACUGGGCCUUUCAUCCUGAAGAGAGAAAAGACGCGGAUGCCUUACCUGAUACUAUCCAUCCAUACGAAUUCCUGACUCAAGUAUCCAUAUACCUUCUCACCAAUACCAUGUCAUCCUCUAUAAGAAUAUAUUAUGAGUGUCUCCAACAAAACGAAAUGAUGAAAGUAAUUGUCCCACGCGUAGAGGUUCCUGUGGCUGUUUGUGCAUUUGCCCAUGAUAUUGCAAGACUCCCUGAAGAUUGGUUAAAGGCUGCUACCAACCUACAUCAGUACAGCAAAUUUGUAUCGGGAGGACACUUCCCCGCUCUAGAAGAGGCUAAACUUUUGACACAAGAUGUCCAACAAUUUGGAAAGACAUUGAGAAAUCUUCCAAUCUUUCCUAAAGAAUAA